AGAAGGAGAACAUAGAGGAGCAACCGUGGAUAACUUUGAGGAAAACGCUUAGCGGAAAAAAAGUUCAGGAUUUCCGUUAUCAUAAAUACUUUGAACUCUGGACGCUUGCAAGGCAAACUCUCGUGUAGAGACUGUUGUGACAGAAAAGUAACGUUCGCAAUCUGUUGAGAAGUUUAGGGUUUUGCAGCCAAAGUAUGGACUUGCCACGUCUUCCACCUCAUGAUGGAUCUGUGCUGUCUGUCGUGGACAUGCACACUGGAGGAGAGCCGCUGCGGAUCAUCACGAGUGGAUACCCCAAAAUAGAGGGCGAUACAGUGUUGUCCAAACGACGCUUCGUGCGAGAACACCUGGACCACCUGAGAAAAGUGCUGAUGUUUGAGCCCCGUGGUCACUAUGACAUGUACGGUGCCCUGUUGGUCCAAAGUGAGCUUCCUGACGCGGAUCUGGGAGUUCUGUUUAUGCACAACGAAGGGUACAGCACUAUGUGUGGGCACGCAGUCAUUGCGCUUGGCCGUUACGCGGUGGAUUACGCUCUCGUGAAAACCCCCAGUGCUCGGGAAACUCAGGUGAACAUCCACUGUCCCUGCGGCCUGGUUAAGGCCUUCGUGGAGUAUUCCUACGGCAAGACAGGAGCAGUGAGGUUUCACAGUGUCCCGGCUUUUGCUUUUGCAACGGAUGUGAAAGUUACUGUACCUGGACAUGGUGAAGUCGCUGUGGACAUAAGCUACGGUGGGGCAUUUUACGCUUUUGUCAGUGCAGAAAGAUUUGGACUUGAUGUCAACACAUCUAGGACAAGAGACCUAGUGGAUGUAGCCACUGCAGUGACCAAUGCGGUCAAAUCCCAGGUGAAGCUUCGUCAUCCAGUGCAUGAGGAUCUUUCCUUCCUGUACGGGACUAUCCUCACUGAUGGCAAAGACAGCUUCUCGGAUGAGCCGACAGCAAAUGUCUGUGUGUUUGCUGAUGCACAGGUUGAUCGGAGUCCGACAGGGUCUGGAGUGACCGCUCGCAUCGCUCUUCAGUACCAUAAAGGCCUGAUCCAGCUCAACCAGACCAGAACCUUCAGGAGCGGGGCCACGGCAUCACUCUUCACUGGCAAAGCAGUCCAGGAAACCAUCUGUGGGGACUUCAAGGCAGUGGUGGUUGAGGUCGGAGGUCACGCACACUACACCGGUGUGGCGAGCUUCGUGCAGGAGAGCAACGAUGACCUCAGCCAAGGGUUUCUUCUCAGAUGAGCUUCUGACACCUGCAACUAAAUCAGUGCUGGAGGCUCCUCUUACAAAUCAUAAAACAGAUUUACAUUUCCAAUGAAAAUCAGAUGAGGAGGUGACACAAUCCAUGUCAGUCAAUCAGUUUCUCAUUCUUUGGCUAUUUCUUCUGAAAGUCUGCGCUGACAAAGGCAAUGUUGAGAAACACUAUGCAGAAACAUAAAAUGUUUGUAGAUUAGAUUAGUCACACACUUCAUCCAAGACAACAGAUCUGUAUGUAACUGUUGUGAAUGACUCAUAAAUUAUAGAUAUAAUUUUUCCCUUUUCUUUCGGGGUGUGAUGUUUUCCUUCAUGAUCUUGCGCAGAUCUGGUACUUAAGCCUGAUAUGUGCUAGAUCGUGUCUGUUCCAGAGCCUGUAGUCAUCUGUAAACCAAGAGACUGCUGACAUUGCAGUCCAAUACACAGGGCCUAAUAAAGUGGUAUGUGUAGCAUAGAACAUGUGCAUAUCGAUAGAAUUUCAUGCCUA